AUGAGCGUAGAAACCGGCUCAGAGAUGUGCGGAGACAUGUUCAAAGUCACACAGCACAGCACACAGGACAUUCCACAAUUCAAGCGUUAUGCAUCGGGGUGGCCAUCUGGUCUGGCAGAGGGCGCAGAACCAGAGGGGCUAGGGUUGGGAUGGGAGUUAGAAACUUGGGGAUCCGACAGAGAAGAGCCUGGGGGGCCGUCGCUGGAGGCCAGUCUGACUGAGCCGGCUGGCAGGACUAAGGGUCUGGCAGGCUCCCAGCGGCCCGGGACCCCAGCUCCCAAGGCCCAGGGUCAGGAGGACGCCGCUGGAUCCUAUGGAGGUCACAGCAGCAACCGCCCGGCCUGCCGAGCCCUGGGAAGCUUGUGGGAGGGCCACGCCCAGACUGGAAAUUUAGUUGGUGUGGCCACGCCCCGUCUCGUAACUCCGGGCUCGGGUUUCCGCAUAGGCUCCACCCCGUUCCGCUCGAGGCCACGCCUCCGAGGCGGCGCGGCCGCGCCUUCCCCGGCCCGGCCCGCCAGGCGGCGCGGGGCCGGGCUGCUGGGCUCCGCCCCCGGCCGGAACCGAGGACGCCACCCCGGGACGCCUCGGGCCGGGUUAUUCUUGUCCUUGCUGCUAGAUCCUCCUGCGUACCCUCCCUGCCCAGAGCCUGCCUCCCUCCCUCCAGUGUUCUGGGUGGCAAGGGUUGCCCGCAGACUUCCAGCAAGUUCCUCCAGCCUUUCGGCACUGCUGAGCCCUCCGCACCCCCCUGGUCCCCGUGAGCCCCAGGCCCAGCCCCUGUGUCCGUUCAGUUUCCCAGGCGGCAAGAGCGAGCCCGCUGACCGCGACGUGGUGCACACGGCCUUGAGGGAGACCCAGGAGGAGCUGGGCCUGGCCGUGUCGGAGGAGCAGGUGUGGGGCCUCCUGCACCCCGUGUUUGACCAGAGUAAAACCUCCGUGGUGCCAGUACUUGCCAGCGUGGGUCCUUUGGAUCUGCAGAGCCUCAGGCCUAACUCCAAGGAGGUAGAUGAGGUGUUUGUGCUGCCCGUGGACCAUCUGCUGCAGACACGGAACCAGGGUUAUACUCACUUCUGCCAGGGAGGCCACUUUAGUUACACACUUCCGGUCUUCCUACAUGGACCACACCGAGUCUGGGGGCUCACGGCUGUCAUCACUGAGUUCACCCUGCAGCUGCUGGCUCCUGGCACCUACCAGCCCCGCCUUGUCAGCCCUAAGCCCCCCAGAGACUGAUGCCUGGCACCUCUGCGGCCACUGACUUUGCCCUGCUAGGCCCCUCUGAGAUGGAAUAAAGCCUUUGACAACUAUGA